UUAUUUUCACUUCAAAUCCUUCACCCAAUCAAAUUAAUUGACUUUUUUCUUUUGAUUACUUUUUUUCUCUCGUGCGCGGGCACAUGACUGUGCAUGUGAUUCUGUAUCAUGUGAUGCACCAAAAAAAUUUUCAAAUGGAUGAUUUAGGAAUAGUAGAAAGUUAAUUCGAGCAACAGCUUAUAAUGAUAAAUUUAUUCAAAUUUUAUAAUCGAUAUUCACUAUAUACAUUGGGGACUAUUUUAGGUUAUUAUUAAUACUUAUUCAUAAUUAAUACCAUAGAUUAAUAAUAGAAUAUAUAAAAAUGAGUAGAGCAUUCACAAUCACUACUGUAGUUCUUGCUACUGCCAUUGUUGGAUAUGUAGGAUACUUUGAUUAUCAAAGAAGAAAUUCACCAGAAUUCAGAAAGAGUUUGAAAAAGAGAGCUGUUGCUCAAAAGAAGAAAUCUGAAAAAUUGGCUGAAGAAUCAAGACAAACUAAAGUUGAAGCAGUUAAGAAAGCACUUUUAGAAGAAUUAGCAUCUAAUCCAAUUCCAACUGCAUUAGAUGAAAAGGAAUCAUUCUUUAUGCAACAAGUUGCUUUAGGUGAGCAAUUGGCUACCAAAGAAUCUACUAAGAUUGAAGCAGCUGUUUGUUUCUAUAAGGCUUUAGCAGUAUAUCCAAAUCCAACUGAUAUCUUAGGUGUUUAUCAAAGAUCUGUUCCAGAAGAUGUAUACGAACUUGUUGUAAUGAUGAUUUCUGUUAAUCCUCCAGCUUCAGUAGCAAAUAUUUUAGGAUCUGGUUUCCCAGAAACUAAGGCAUCUGAAGAAGAUUUAGAUUAAAUUCUUCAAUAUUUACGAAAUGUUUAACUUAAUUUUUUUUAACGUUAUCACCAUAUUGUUACGACUGAAACUUUAACAAAUUCAUAACAAACAUUUACUGCUAGGACAUUGCUGUAAUUCAUUCUAACGUCUAUGUACAUGUAUAUACCAUCUUUAAUUUUUUAUUUAUGCAUUUUAUGCAUGCUAUGCUAAAUAAAAAGUUUCUAUAUUUAGAGAGUCCCCUUAAAUAAAUAUCUAUAUCUAUUUAUAAUGUACCUAAAUUUCUUUCGAUCUAAGCCGCAUCAGGAACCACUUGAUGGA